AUGUCGGUUUACUCGCGCGGGGGUCGCGCAAAUCCGGGGGCAUGGAAUCGGCUGAAGCCUGCAAACUAUGAUCCAUUGGAAGCGGUGGGGUUACCUUCAAAGGGAGAUGCUAGAUUGCUUGAUCACAAGGCUCAAGAGCGAUAUUACACGAAGAUCGUGGAGAGGUACAUGGCAUUCUGCUCCGAUGCAGGCCGCGGCGAUGAGCUUCUGAGACGCAUGGCGCAGUUGGAUGUGAAGGGUGAGAACAGCAAGAACGAUAAACCCAAGGUCAUCAAACCCCAAAGUGUUGCGCCUCGAAGUACGGUCGAGCUUUUCUUAAAGACGAUGCCCACGGAAAUUGGGACCAAUGGGCAAAAGGAUCUCUCCAUGAUAAUAAUGGCUAUGAGGAAACUACGGGAAGGAAUUGUGGCAUCAAAUCGAGUCGACGAUUUUUCGAUACAAGCAUACAUAUUCUGCAUUAGGUUGUCCAUUCUAGUCAAACAGAUGGAAUCAUAUCAUCCAGCGAUUCUCCAUCUCCUCAAACGGAUGCACCCAGUACAACCACUUACGAAAACCGAGCUCCAGGAAUUUGUGAGCUACCUCGUUCUAGAUCUUGCUUGUCGGCAGAACGACCUCGCGGAGGCGCAUGCGAUGAGACAUAAGUGGGGAUUAAAGGAUGCGAAAGUCGAUGCUACACUACGUGCUCUUACCCAUGACAAUUACUUUUUGUUCUGGAAGGUCAGAAAGAGCGUGGAUGGGCACAAGGCUAAACUCAUGGAAUUUGCCGAGGAUACUGUGAGGCGACAAGCCCUGAAAUGCCUCGGAAGAGGCUAUCUCAGUAUCGAGUUGAAUUCUUUGGAGCAGUAUACUAACACCACCUGGCCUUCUCUAAUCGGAGAUUACGGGGUAGGCUGGCAAUUAGAGGCUACGAAAGUCAUCAUUCGCAAGCCGAAAGCUCGAUGA